CUAGGUGCCUCUGCAUGCUCUAGCAACACACUGCUCAGCUGAAGGGAAGGGCUCUCUCGCUGCCUCUCUCUCUCCUCUCUCGGCUCUGAGCAUCACCUAACGAGAAAAAGCGAACAAAGAAUGGGAAAUAAAGCUGCCCUUAGCCGGUCAGUGCAUGAAGGGUAACCUCUCUCUGGAGCAAAAGGUUGUGCCGGCCAGUGGUCGUGGCAAACGAUGGACCUUAAGCAGAUGGCCAAAGCCGGCGGAGUCGUUAGGCGAGAGUUUGGAGUCUUUUCCGCGGCACAGUGGUAACCGCAGAGGAAAAGGACAGAGGGAGAAGGAGAAGAUCGAGCUCAUGCACAUAGUUCUGAAACUUGCAGGUCCUAGAAGUCAGCUAAAAAGCUAGCUGGACAACCCUCUAGCUCGCUGAGCAGAAGCAAAGUAAGACAUUGUGAGCGUGCCAGCCUUGCACACCACUGAAAGGGACGGCAUUUGUAGCACAGAGGGGUCUUUUUUAGCUCCGCAUAUAAUUAGUCCAAACACAAAGGAAGCAACUGAAUGGAGGUUGUCACUCUCUGGAAAAGGGUGGGUAAGACACUUUUUAAUUAAAUUCUUUCAUGAAGAAAGAUUUUUUUUUUCCUUUGCUGCAGCAUUUAACAUGAACAAAAUCACUAUCGUUUUACCUUUGAAUGUCUGUGAACUUUAACGCUGCGCAGCUCCUGCAUGCUGUAAAGUGAAAUAUUUGGCUCUGUGUCUGUUGCGUUUGUUUGCCUUUUUCUUUUUUUUUUUUUUUGCCUCCCCCCCCCCUCCUUUUAAAUAAAAUAUGAUGUAGAAUUCGAAACGAUUCAAUGGACAUUCUCGAGCGCAUUCGGAAAUAUUAUUGCUAAUGGAUUUCCUUCUCAUUGGUCUCUGCUUAAACUGGCUGCUGAGGAAGCCCCCGGGGUUGAUUUUGUGUACGCUGGGUAUCGUUUCUAAAAUGCUGCCAGCCGUGAAUAGUGGGUGUCCGCAGCUCUGCCGGUGCGAGGGCAGGCUUCUGUACUGUGAAUCACUGAAUCUCACAGAGAUGCCUCGCAACCUGUCGGGCAUGAUGGGCUUGUCUCUGCGGUACAACAGCCUCUCAGAGCUGCGUGACGGACAGUUCGCGGGGUUAAUGCAGCUCACGUGGCUCUAUCUGGAUCACAAUCACAUCUGCUCGGUGGAGGGGGACGCCUUUCAAAAGCUGCGGCGGGUUAAGGAGCUCACCCUGAGCUCCAACAAAAUCACCCAGCUGCCCAACACCACCUUCCGCCCCAUGCCCAACCUGCGCAGUGUGGAUUUAUCGUACAACAGCCUGCAGGCUCUGGAGCCGGACCUCUUCCACGGGCUGCGGAAGCUCACCACCCUGCACAUGCGGUCCAACGCCAUCAAGUUCGUGCCCGUGAGAAUUUUCCAGGACUGCCGCAGCCUCAAGUUUCUAGACAUAGGAUACAAUCAGUUAAAGAGCCUGGCUCGAAACUCUUUCGCGGGCUUGUUCAAGCUCACCGAGCUCCACCUGGAGCACAACGAUCUGGUGAAGGUGAAUUUAGCCCAUUUUCCCAGGCUCCUCUCGCUGCACUCCCUCUGCCUACGGAGGAAUAAGGUCACCAUCGUGGUGAACACGCUGGACUGGAUAUGGAAACUGGAAAAGCUGGAUCUGUCGGGCAACGAGAUCGAGUACAUGGAGCCUCACGUUUUCGAGAGCGUGCCCCACCUCAAGUCGCUGCAGCUGGACUCCAACCGCCUCACCUACGUGGACCCGCGCAUCCUGGCCUCCUGGAAAGCCCUCACCAGCAUCAGCCUGGCCGCCAACGCCUGGGACUGCGGCCGCAACGUCUGCGCCCUGGCCUCGUGGCUGAGCGACUUCAAGGGCCGCUACGACGGCAACCUGCUCUGCGCCACCCCCGAGUACGCGCAGGGCGAGGACCUCCUGGACGCCGUGUACGCCUUCCACCUGUGCGACGAGGCGGCGGACCCCACGGGCGCCGGCAGCCCGGCGCCCGUGACCAACGGCAGCGAGCCGGCCUUCGGGCUGAGCUCGGCCACGGCGGGCUACGACGGGCGGGCCGCGGCGGGCGGCCCCACCACGGGCGCCCUGCCCGCCACGCUGCCCGGCGAGCCCGCCGAGAACGCCGUGCAGAUUCACAAGGUGGUGACGGGCACCAUGGCGCUCAUUUUCUCCUUCCUCAUCGUGGUUUUGGUGCUCUACGUCUCCUGGAAGUGCUUCCCGGCCAGCCUGAGGCAGCUAAGACAGUGCUUCGUGACGCAGCGCCGAAAGCAGAAGCAGAAACAGACCAUGCACCAAAUGGCCGCCAUGUCGGCCCAGGAAUAUUACGUUGACUACAAACCCAACCACAUCGAGGGCGCCCUGGUGAUCAUUAACGAGUACGGCUCGUGCUCCUGCCACCAGCAGCCGGCCAGGGAAUGCGAGGUGUGAUCCCCGGGGCGGGUGGGGGGCACUUCAGCCGCGUGCAACCAAAUAACGGCGGGCAGCCGGCUCCCGGCGCGGGGGGCCGGGCCGGGCCGGGACUCCGGCCUCGGCCGACAUCGCGAGAGGCUCGGCCUGAAAGACUUGAUAUUUUAGCUUUAUCGUGUCUUAAAACCUUCAGGACGGUCCCUCUUAAGGUUUCCUAUGAUACUACUCCCUUUGAAGACCUGUCAAUAUUCAGGAAUCUGAGAGUGUAAAAAAAAAAAUAAGGUACCGGUUAUUGAUCUUUUGUAAACGAAGAGAAACGUUUAAAAUAAAAAGAAAAAAAAUAGCA